AUGACAAGGCCCGGGGGAAACAGAAGAUGGUGGGGGUACAAAGGAGAGACGUGGCCGAUUGGGCCCGACGGAGAAGAACCAUGGCCGAUUGGGCCAGAGGAGGAGGAGGAGCUGAGCUUGCUAACCCAGAGGGCUGGGUGGACCCGAGUCCAGAGGAGGCCAGAUGGGGCGGGAUGGUGGACCCGAAGUCGGGCUAAACUGGGCCGGCCACGGUGUGGUCAAUCGGUAGGACCGGAUCGAACCAAACCGGGUCGGGUUAACCACCGGUGGAUAGCAGCUGGAGCGGGCCGGGAGGGGUCCCCGGCAGGGGCCAAGAGAAUGGGUACCCCGCGUGGAGUAUGCUGCGAGCAGUAUGAGGCCGAGGUCGAGGCUGUCGGGACAUUGGGCAAGGAUCUGGGACCAACCCUGAGUACGGGGGAACCACCAGGAGGUGACGGGCGACUGGCCCUAUCCUCCCCUACAGGGAGCCGCGGGCAGCUACUACCAUCAGGGCCCGGUGAACCGACCGCCACCGCCUAA